CCCCAGUGUAUCAGUGUGCCUUGAGCUCAUCGAUCGUUCACUAACUACACACACAUCACGUAGUCAGGCUAAGCUAGGAAGAAGCACUCGCCCCUCGGCGAGCAUGGCGGCGGCCGGAUCAGCUGCUGCUGGUCGUCCCAAGUUGGGGGAGGAGAAGCUGAUCAUCCGACCGGAGAAGGUGCGGUUCAUCGACAUCCUGUCCCUGCUGAUCCUGCGCCGGCCCAUCACCAGCUAUGCCUUCGUCGACGCCGGCGACCAGACGACCCGCGACGUCGGCAUCACGCCGGGCGACAUCUUCGUCACGCUCACCGAGAUCAUCCAGAAGGCCCUCGCUGCUGCCUACUACCCGGCAAAGAUAAUCGGGGCCAUCGUCGAGCUCCUCCUCAACUUCUUCGCCCUCAACGGAGGCCUGCUCGGCAUCAUAUGGAACAUCAUCAGAUUUAAGCUGGUGAUCCCGCGCCGGGAGGCGGCCAACUUCCGGACGAUGAUCGGGAUGAUCGACGGGAGGACAGAGCUGAAGCCGGCACCAGCAGCAUCUGUCGGCGACAUGCGGCAGCUGCAGGUGCUCGACGUCGUGGUCUCCGGCGAGGUGGCGGACCUUGAGAGCGGCGGGUACGUGACGGCUGGGACGCCCCUCGUCCUGCGCCAGUACCUCAUCCUCGAGAUCACAGUCAUGGCGGCCAAGAUCGCGUACGAGAACGCCGCCUUCGUCAAGAACGUGGUCAACAACGUGUGGAAGUUCAAUUUCGUGGGGUUCUACAACGGCUGGAACAAGUUUCUCAAGGAGGACACGACACAGGCGUUCGUUUUCACAGAUCGGGCCAAGGAUGCGAGCGUGGUCGUGGUGGCGUUCCGUGGCACGGAGCCAUUCAACAUGCAGGACUGGUCGACAGACGUGAACCUGUCAUGGCUGGGCAUGGGCGCCAUGGGCCACGUCCACGCCGGCUUCCUCAAGGCGUUGGGUCUCCAGGAGGAGGACGGCAAGGACACCAACCGCGCCUUCCCCAAGGACGCCCCCAACGGCGCCGCCCCCAUCGGCAAGCACAUCGCCUACUACAAGCUCCGCGAGGUGAUCCGCGACCAGCUCAAGGCGCACCCGCAGGCGCGGCUCGUCAUCACCGGCCACAGCCUGGGCGGCGCGCUCGCCGCCGUCUUCCCGGCGCUGCUGGCGCUGCACGGGGAGACGGAGAUCCUGGGCAGGCUCGGCACCGUGCAGACCUACGGGCAGCCGCGCGUGGGCGACGCCACCUUCGUCAGCUUCUUCCGGGCCGAGGUGGAGAAGGCGACGGCCUUCUACCGCGUGGUGUACCGCUACGACGUGGUGCCGCGGGUACCGUUCGACGCGCCGCCCGUGGCGGAGUUCACCCACGGCGGCUCCUGCGUGUACUACGACGGGUGGUACGACGGGAAGGUGCUCCCCGGCGACGCGCCCAACCCCAACUACUUCGACCCGCGAUACCUGCUGUCCAUGUACGGCAACGCGCUGGGGGACCUGCUCAAGGGGGCCUUCCUCUGGACGAGGGCCGGCAAGGACUACCGCGAGGGCCCCGUCUCCCUGCUCUACCGCGCCUCCGGCCUGCUCGUCCCCGGCCUCGCCUCCCACAGCCCGCGCGACUACGUCAACGCCGUCCGCCUCGGCCGUAUCGCGCCCAAGUCACUCCUCUAAAAGUCUAACUCAGACCCACUGUGUGUGUACGACCACAAGAGAGAGAAUUGGUGAUGAAUAAGUUGUUGUUUCGGUUGUGUCGUGUCGUGUCGUGUCGUAUCGUGUGUGUGCUAUAUUAAGCCUAGUACGCUUACGUGUUCCCCUGUGUGCAUGCCUGCCGCUCUGUCUCGGCAAUAAAUCGAUCCAAGGCCUUUAUGAAUAUAAUGCAAUUGAAGGAGCUA